CUCACGCUUCAUCAAGCCUCACUGGCUGGAGUCGCUGGCGGUUUGCAGGGUGUGUUAGUUCCCGCUUUUCGGGCGACGGAGGAGGCUGUAGGUCAGCGGGUGUGAACCGCUUGUGCCAGGAGCUGUGCAUCACCAACAAUGAGGCUUGUAAUCCUUGAUAACUAUGACCUGGCCAGUGAAUGGGCAGCCAAGUACAUCUGCAACCGGAUCAUUAAGUUUAAACCUGGACAGGGCAGAUACUUUACACUGGGCUUACCAACAGGGAGUACACCUUUAGGAUGUUAUAAAAAAUUAAUUGAGUACCACAAGAAUGGAAACCUUUCAUUUAAAUAUGUGAAGACUUUUAAUAUGGAUGAAUAUGUAGGACUUCCAAGAAGGCAUCCUGAAAGCUAUCAUUCUUAUAUGUGGAAUAACUUCUUUAAGCAUAUCGAUAUAGAUCCUAACAACGCCCAUAUCCUGGAUGGCAACGCUGCAGAUUUGCAGGCAGAGUGUGACGCAUUUGAGGAGAAAAUAAAAGAAGCUGGAGGAAUAGAUCUUUUUGUUGGAGGAAUAGGUCCAGAUGGUCAUAUUGCUUUCAAUGAACCAGGAUCCAGUUUAGUAUCAAGAACAAGAUUAAAGACUCUAGCAAUGGACACCAUUUUGGCAAAUGCUAAAUAUUUUGAUGGAGACUUAUCGAAAGUGCCAACAAUGGCUCUAACUGUUGGUGUGGGAACAGUGAUGGAUGCUAGGGAGGUAAUGAUCCUCAUAACAGGUGCACACAAGGCAUUUGCGCUGUACAAAGCAAUUGAAGAAGGGGUCAAUCACAUGUGGACUGUAUCAGCUUUCCAGCAGCAUCCCCGCACGAUUUUUGUUUGUGACGAAGAUGCUACCUUAGAAUUAAGAGUUAAGACUGUUAAAUACUUUAAAGGUUUAAUGCAUGUGCACAAUAAACUUGUGGAUCCGCUAUACAGUAUGAAAGAAGGAAACUGAAAGACGGAAGCAAAAUUCUGCUUGGAAAAAGAACCUUUUCUUACUAGAUGAAUUUUUAGCUUAUGCAAUAUGAUAAAAAUGGGGAAAUAUGAAGACUAAUUUAUAAAGAAAAAGAACAGUGUGUCAAACAUUCCAUAUUUAGAAUGUGCCUGCUUGAUUCUGGGGCCUAGAAGUAAUCAGAUCCCAAAAUUGGUUGGCUGUUAUAAAGUAUAGGAGCUAUUUAGCUACCUAUAAACAGCCUAGCAGUAAAGUAUCUGCAUUUAAGAGAUUCUGCAUAUCAGGUACUAUCGGUUUAACAAUCUCUUUGACAUAUGAUUUAUAAGACACUCCAGCCCCCUUCAGUAUCCUAUUGCUUUCAUUACCAGCCUUCACUCUUGGAAUGUACAUUUUUUUGUGCAUCACACACAUGCUUUUUGCCUGUAGUUGCCUUAGUCAUCUUUCUGCAGUAGCAUCUGGAUGUCAGAAGUCCUGCUAUUCAUUAAUCGAGGAAAUCUGAAGAGAUGACAGUAUCCAAAAUUAGUUUACAUCCUUUCAGAAAGUAUGUGUAAGUGCAUGCUUCUAUGCACCUCCUUCUUACGUCAUACUUUUUUACAGAUAUGCUUAUUUUUAUUUAAAGACCUGGGCUAAUGCCAUUAAUAAAUAAGUAUAUUGGCAAUUAUGAGCUUUAUACCUAGCUACAAAUUUAAGGAAAUCCUUUUGAAGAACAUUUUCUGAUUGUUGUUAAAUUUUGUAAAUCAUACUUAUAUAUGUAUCU